CUUGACUUCCUGCCCGCGGGGCCCGGGCUCGGGCUCUGGACCCGCGCCAGGGGGCGUCGCCGGGCGGAGCGGCUUCCUGGGCGCCGGCGGCGCAGCGCGGGCCGCGGGGACAGCGCACCUAGGCUGGCGACAUGGAGGACGGCGUGCUCAAGGAGGGCUUCCUCGUGAAGAGGGGCCACAUUGUCCACAAUUGGAAGGCGAGGUGGUUCAUCCUUCGGCAGAACACACUGCUGUACUACAAGCUUGAGGGCGGUCGGCGAGUGACCCCACCCAAGGGCCGGAUCCUCCUGGAUGGCUGCACCAUCACCUGCCCCUGCCUGGAGUAUGAAAACCGGCCACUUCUCAUUAAGCUGAAGACCCGAACUUCCACUGAAUACUUCCUGGAGGCCUGUUCUCGAGAGGAGAGGGACGCCUGGGCCUUUGAGAUAACAGGAGCUAUCCACGCAGGGCAGCCAGGGAAGGUCCAGCAACUCCACAUCCUGAAAAACUCCUUCAAGUUGCCCCCCAACAUCAGCCUGCAUCGCAUUGUGGACAAGAUGCACGACAGCAGCAGUGGAAUCCGGCCGUGCCCCAACAUGGAGCAGGGAAGCACCUACAAAAAGACCUUUCUGGGCUCCUCCCUGGUGGACUGGCUUAUCUCCAGCAGCUUCGCAGCCAGCCGUCUGGAGGCAGUGACCCUGGCCUCUGUACUUAUGGAGGAAAACUUCCUCAGGCCGGUAGGGGUCCGGAGCAUGGGAGCUAUUCGCUCUGGGGAUCUGGCUGAGCAGUUUCUGGAUGACUCCACAGCCCUGUACACUUUCGCUGAAAGCUACAAGACGAAAAUAAACCCCAAAGAAGAACUCAGUCUUAGUACCAUGGAGUUAAGUGGCACAGUGGUCAAACAAGGCUAUCUGUCCAAGCAGGGACACAAGAGGAAAAACUGGAAGGUACGUCGCUUUGUUCUGAGGAAGGACCCAGCUUUCCUGCAUUACUAUGACCCUUCCAAAGAAGAGAACAGACCAGUAGGUGGGUUUUCUCUUCGAGGUUCCCUUGUGUCUGCUCUGGAGGAUAAUGGUGUUCCUACUGGGGUUAAAGGGAAUGUCCAAGGAAAUCUUUUUAAAGUGAUUACUAAGGAUGACACACACUAUUACAUCCAGGCCAGCAGCAAGUCUGAACGAGCAGAGUGGAUUGAAGCUAUUAAGAAGCUAACAUGACUUUGAGGGAGGAGGACCAGGACUCCUCCCUGUAUCAUGAUACAGCUAGGGCUUCCCAGAGAACUGGAGUCUAAGACAUUGGGCUGGGGAUAGGGCUCAGUGGGAGAGGACUGCCUGGCAGACCUGAGGCCCUGGGUUCAAUUUCUGGCACCGUACAAAAAGAAAGACUUAACACCAUACAUCUUGCAUAGCUUUGGAGUGGGAUGGCUGAAGAGCUGUUUCCUCAGAUGACAAACAGCAGUGGUGCUAUUUUCUUCCUAUCAUCAACCCGAAAAGCCAGAAAAGCUAGGCAGCAGCAUCUGGACUUUUGCUCUCCAGGACAGAUGUCUAUGUCUUUGGGGACCACAGUAGUAUAUCUUUGUUGGAACACUAACACUAGCCUUGCUUCAUGAAAUACUCUAGUCUCAAGGCAGCACUCUUAAGUGAUGUCAACAAUUUGUAUCUCCUAUGGAAUUAAUAAAAAUUGACAUUGUUUCUGGAUGUUAUUUUUAAAAGUUUGUAUAUAUUCUUAUUUUCUGUGUUAGUGUUUGCCUGCCACAUGUGUAAAUGUGCCUCCUGUGUGCCUGGUGCCCGAGGAGGCCAGAAGAGGGUGUUGGAUCCCCUGGAACUGGAGUUAAGGAUAGGUGUGGGCUGCCAUGUGGGUGCUGGAAAUGAAUACAGGUCCUUUGGAAGAACAGCCGGUGCUCUAAACUGCUGAGCUAUUUCUCCAACCCGAACCAUUAUAGUUACUGUACAAAGUUUUAUGGUUUCUGAAGGUUCCCUAUCUACGUAUUAUGAAAGUUAAUUAUGGAAAAAUCUCAAGCAAUCUCUGUCACUAAAAGGACACACUUCACCUUUAAGGGGGAAUGCUGGCAAGACUUUGGCAGACUGUUCAGAGGAUAUUGUUUUGUUUUGCAAAAUAAGUGCAUAAGUAACAAGUUGCACAAGCCAUGGACUCACUUGGAGAAAUGUCACAGAUGAGAUGUGGUGCAGGAGCUCUCUAAAAGACAAAGAUAUAAAUGGGAAAACUUAAGGCAUGAAACUUUGGCUUAAAAACAAACUGGCCAGGUAUAGUGGUGCACACCUUUAAUCCCAGCACUUGGGAGGCUGAGGCAGGCAGAUCUCUGUGAGAUUGGGGCCAGCCUUGUCUUCAUAGCGAGUACCAGGUCAGCUGAGGCUACAGGGAGACCUUGUCUCAAAAAGACCAAAACAAAAACAACAACAAAACCAAACUGAAAUAAAUGUCAAAUAAUUUCCACAGUUGGGAGGCUGAUUUAAAGUAGUGAAAAGUCUGUAUCAUACAAUGUAUGUUUUUACAAACAUUUUUAUUUAAAAUUUACAUAGUGAUCUGGCACAAACUAUUGCCCGCAUUCUUGCCAAGUACAAGGGCUUGGACUUUAAUAAAAUACAUAACUUACAUUUACGGGGAGUGGAUAUUUCUAAAGUGCUUAAGUAAAAACUCAUCUUUUUAAAAUAGACCUUUAUGUCUGGAAUACCUGACCCUAAAUGGCCAGGAAUCCAGACAAUUUUUUCCCUGUAUUCUAUUCCUUACAUUGUAAGAGAAUGCCUUUUAAAGCACCAUGUUUCAUUUGGCAUUUUACCAAGGUCUAAUGUACCUGGAAUUACUUUUAGAAUAUUGACAGGUGCUUAUCUGAAUUAAAACUACAUUUGGGUUGAUAGCUUACUGCUUCCAAAUUGACAGCUGUGCUCCCUUAGUUUUGGGCAAGACAAGGAUUCCCAAUGGUUUUAGAUAAUCAUCAGCUUGAGGUAAACCAGUCAGGCUGGUAAGGUACUAGAACUUUUUUGAUUCCUAACCAUUUUAAUUGUUGAUGUAAAAAUAACUAGACCAUGAAUGGUUGGUGUAUGCAACUUGUGCUUAGUGUGAUGCAUAAAUUGGUCCCUGCAGCUUCCAUUAAGUACCUGAAACUUAUUCAUGAUAACUGGUAUGUUUGCCUCUUAAAACUGAUGUAAAAUUGGUUUCAAUGUUUGUAUUUCCUUUUAGUCAGUUUCAAUAAACUAAUGCAUGAGACUCAAACUCCUACUAAUUCUGUUGUAUGGGUUAAUAGAUUAUGACUGUAAUCAAAGGCAGAGAAGGGAAAACACAAGACUGUCAGCAUUUUUAAUUGGUUAAGUUUUUCCAUUCUUUGUCAAUUCUAUGUAUCCUGUGUAUUCUGGACUUCAUGUAUCUUGUCCUACUUUUAGGUCAGCAAGGCUUAUGCUCUUGUUUCUUUUCACCAUAGCAUCAGUGAAGUACUGAUCUCUCUCUGGUUAGGGCCAUCAAUGUACAACACUGGAACCUAGCACACAAAACAAAACAAAACAGGGCUAUUCUGGAGAAAACUCAUCAUAGAGGCCCCAAGUAUUUAUAAAGUUAUGGUUUUUCAAGUAUAAAAGUUUCCAGUAAAUAGAAAAAAAAUCCCAGGAAAAGGGCACCUGUUACAUUUGAUAAUGUACUUUUUCUUGUGGUAUUGGGGAUUGAACAUGAGGCCUUGAGAUGCAAGGCAUGUACUUGACCACUUAGCUACAUCCCAACUCUUUGGGCCAGAGUUGCCCAGGGGUGGCCUUUACCUCCUGCCUAAUAGCUGGGAUUACAGCUGUGUGCUACCAUACUGUUAAUAUGGUAACAUCACAGCAUGCUGUGUUUUAUUAACUUGGAGACAGGGUCUUGUCUUGGCUUGCCUAGAAUUCAGAGAUCCACCUGUCUUUGCCUCUUGUGUGCUGAGAUUAAAGACAUGCACACACUAUACCUGGUCCUUUAUGUUUUAGACAGAAGUGAAAAUUGUGUGCCAAUCUGGACUACAUUCAGAGACUCAAAUAAUCCCAAUGUGGUAGGCUGUCAAGCACGGCUCCUUCUUGGAAAUGGGUCAUCUGAGCUUAGACCUACCUUUAGAGUAAAAAGGUAGCAGACUGAGAAGUUAGACUUUCAUAAAUGGCACAAACUAUCUCUCCAACACUCUUCUAAUUUCCAGUCCUUUUAGUUGUCACAGGGUGUUGCCAUGGCCACCCAGGCUGACCUCUAAAUUCUGGGCUGUGACUAUAGGAAUAUACUAUUUUACUCAACUCUAGAACCUUUAAUAUUUAGCCUAGUUUUGGACUGACUAGGGUAGACUAAGUUUAAGUUUGCCUACAGACAAUAAAAUUAAACAGUACCUUAAAGUAUCCUAAGGUAAGCAUGCGAAAGUAACUGAAGGUUUCCCACACCUGACUACUACAGCUGUAAUUUUAAAUGUUGACCUGUGAAAUUUACUUUGCACAUAAACCUCUUUAAGUAGCUAGUUUAUGUUAUGUUAGGAACACUAAAAAAAUUUUCCAUGUUUAAUAAGACCCCUGCUUUGUUAUUUAAAAAAUCAAAAACAAACUGAAGAUCUAGGUAGCACUUAGCAAAUAAAGGGAAAAAAUGCCCCCCCCCCAGAAGAUAAGUGAUGCUGUUCAAAAUAAUUUCAAAGGAGCAGCACUUAAAGAAAAUCUUUAACACUAAACUCAAGGCAAGAAGUGUAGCUUUUAACAAGGUCCACAUGUGAUGAAGUCUCUCAUGCCCCAAGUUGUCAUCAGUCUCAAACAGGUUACAAGUACAUAACAAUGUAAUUCUAACUGCAUGUCAAAACUUUUCUCCAUCAAGGGUCAAUUCCACUAUGGCUACACUUAAAAUUACUUCUCUAAACCCUCCUCCUGAAAGGUUCUGUUACUAUACAGCUCACUUACCCUUAUACUUCUAGAAUAUAAUUAAGGUCCAAGAAUUCAGAAUGGUUUUUAACUGGUGACAAGAAGGAAGAGGCCUAUAUUUAAAUAUCCCAGAAAUUUAUUUGAUGCUUGUUUGAAUACAUUGUAUAUAGAAAGAUUGGGAUUGUGUUGGGUACCCCUGGCAAAUCUCACGGAGGCACUGAACACCCAAGGGUGCUGAUCCAGAGACAUCAGAAAUGGACAUGGCAAGCCCAAUUUUAGGACUGUUCUUAAAGAUUUGUCUCUAGUCAAAUCAAGC